AUGGAGCUGGCCGUAGGGAACCUCAGCGAGGGGAACGAGAGCUGGCCCGAGCCCCCGGCCCCGGCCCCUCCUCCGUUCUUGGGCAUUGGCGUGGAGAACUUCGUCACGCUGGUGGCCUUCAGCCUGAUUUUCGCGAUGGGCGUGCUGGGCAACAGCCUAGUGAUCACCGUGCUGGCGCGCAGCAAGCCGGGCAAGCCGCGCAGCACCACCAACCUGUUCAUUCUCAACCUGAGCAUCGCCGACCUGGCCUACCUGCUCUUCUGCAUCCCCUUCCAGGCCACGGUGUACGCGCUGCCCACCUGGGUGCUGGGCGCCUUCAUCUGCAAGUUCAUCCACUACUUCUUCACCGUCUCCAUGCUGGUCAGCAUCUUCACGCUGGCCGCGAUGUCGGUGGACCGCUACGUGGCCAUCGUGCACUCCCGGCGCUCCGCCUCCCUGCGCGUGUCCCGCAACGCUCUGCUGGGCGUGGGCUGCAUCUGGGCUCUGUCCGUGGCCAUGGCCUCGCCUGUGGCCUACCACCAGCGUCUCUUCCACCGGGGCCCGGGCAACCAGACCUUCUGCUGGGAGCAGUGGCCCGACCAGCGCCACAAGAAGGCCUACGUGGUGUGCACCUUCGUCUUUGGCUACCUGCUGCCGCUGCUGCUCAUCUCCUUUUGCUAUGCCAAGGUGCUUAAUCACUUGCACAAAAAGUUGAAGAACAUGUCAAAGAAAUCAGAAGCAUCAAAGAAAAAGACGGCGCAGACGGUGCUGGUGGUGGUCGUGGUCUUCGGGAUCUCCUGGCUGCCGCACCACGUCAUCCACCUGUGGGCCGAGUUCGGGGUCUUCCCGCUGACGCCGGCCUCCUUCCUGUUCAGGGUCAUGGCGCACUGCCUGGCCUACAGCAACUCCUCCGUGAACCCCAUCAUCUACGCCUUCCUCUCCGAGAACUUCCGCGCGGCCUACAGGCAGGUGUUCCGCUGCCCCGUGAGCACCGCGUCGCCCCUCGGGGACGCCAAAGACCACCGCGGUCGGCCCGACACCCCGCCAUCAACCAACUGCACGCACGUGUGA